AUGUCCGCUGCUGCUGGUGACGACAAUCGUGCAUCCUCCGCAGAUCCUGAAGACGACAACCCCUCUUCGGAGCUCGCCGACGCACUGGAAAGAGGCAAAAUUGACAAGGACGGGCCCCUUGAGCGGUUUCGACGCGCCGCUCGGUUUGUUGUUCGCCACAGCAACCCAUUCGUCCACUUCACGCCGGUUCUCGAGCAAGGCCUCCGCGAGGAUGGGUUAUGUGAGGCCGACGAAGAGGAGGAGGAUGAUGAGGAGGAUGAAGAGCUCGAUGAAGCGGCACGCGAGCGGAUCCUGUCGUGA